ACACAGGAAAAAUGAGAGAGUAUUUUCUUCAGAGUUACCAUUAUUUUCCUCUAAAAGAGUAAUUUUUACUAAUUUUGGAUUGUAAUCAUUUCCAGUGGCCACUAAAGUCGGAGGAAAAAAAUAGAGUAAAUCUUAUUGGAGUAAUAUCAAGAACACGCCCACUAAACUUUCUUAGGUUUCGUUUCUGCCGCCAUUUUCUAUCGCAGUCGAGGUGAGCGGCAGUUGUGGACGGCGUUGAGACAGGAUGCAUGCUGUAAGAGUGAAGUACCGAGAGCGCCAGAAAUACAUUUGUUAUGAAGGGCAACUGACCUUCAAAUCAUUUUUGGAGUGUGUUUCCAAGAAAUUUGAAAUUCCUACCUUGGACUUAAAAGUCUAUGAUGAUUUGAACACUGAAGUUGACGAGGAUGCGUUUGCGUUUCUUGUAAUGAAACCAGACCUGGGUGUGCUUGAAGUCUGUUUGCCCAAGGGCUCAGAUUUUGAGGAAUCAGGGAGCCCCUCUACAAGCCACUCCGUUGCCAGCAGCAACAGCUCCUUUCUCAGCUCUAGUGUAGAAAAUGAAGGGGACUCUGAUGACACCAUCAUUUUGGUGCCUAGUCCUGGCCAAAGAAACAGAGAUGACCUGACUCGUCUUGCUCGGAUGAUUGAAAAGAUUCUGAGGGAGAAACCUGGAGGAGAGGAUCCUUACAGAGUAUGCUCGGAAAAAAAGCCUAACAGAUUCCAGAAGACGUGACAUGGUGAAGAUAUUGGUUGCACACAUGGCGAGUGAACAUGGGACGAGCCCUUCAAGGCGUGUUAAAGAGGACUACGCAAAGGGCAUCACUGCCUUGUUUCCAUACCUGGCCGAUCCCCAGGGCACUUUGGGCUAUGAGCAUUAUUACAAUCCAGUAGAUGGGGGUGGAUUUCUUGCAUGGAGAGUGAAAACGCUUCAAAAAGAAGCCUCGGAGGGACAACAGAAAAGAAACCCUCAGCCACUGACAGGUGGUCCAGAUUCUGGUGACAGAACCCCCUUCAGUAAGGAAAAUCAGCUAACCACAGAAACCCAGUGUUGCGAGGCCAUCGCUCUCAUGAAGCAUACAACUGAUGAAGCAAUCAUCAAGGAGAAGAUGAAACAGACCUUCAUCCAUCGCCAAGAAAUGGUUCAUGACCCAGUGAAGUCCUCUGAAAUAUUCACCACCUUUCCAAGAUUUCUUGACAUCACGGGAAUGAUAGUGCAGGAUUUCAGUCUGAUGUUUGGUGAUGACAUCUCUGCAAAGUUCCUGGAGAAGUGGCCUACUCACUACAGGCAGAAAGUCCUUGAACAAACCCGUGGCCUCACCCAGACAAGCGACCUUGAAGAUCUCCUUCAUAACGCUGAAUCCACAACAGAAGAACUGGAAGAUGGAUGGGACAGUGAGAUGUCCUCCAUCUUGCUCCUUAUCCACCUCAUGCCACCAUCACCUCAUGGCCGCAACAAGAGACCAGGAAAGCUCUCUGCCAGACAAGCCAUUGACCACCUUGUGAAAUUCAUCAAGACUGGGACCAGUAUUGAAGGGCAUCUGGACAGCAUCACAGAGAGCCGUCAACCCUAUCUACUGGCUGUGGGAACCAAGAGGAGCGCCACACACAAAUAUUUCAUUGUUAUCGACAAACAUGCAAUCCCGUGUCAGUCACCAGAUUGUCUUGCCUCUUUUGACGAGCUUUUUAAAGCUCAUUUCGUCUUCGCUACCUCGUACAACAGGGAUCUGGCCAAUGUCUACCACUUCUUGCAAACCGCAGUUUAUCAGAUUGAUACUGCUACCACCAAGGUGAAUCCCAGGGUCAAAGAGAUGAGAGCUCGGAUGCUGCACUGAUUUUGACACCUUGAGAUGUUUUGUUUUAUUUGCAAAGGCCCUCAAGCAAAUGACAGUUCACUAAUUAAGCACUUGAAGGUGAUCCACGGACUUUGUUCAGGAAAGACACUUCGUCUGAAAUGUGGUCAGCCUGCUUGUUCUCGUUUCUUUUGUACUUUUUCAGGGUUUCGAAAGCAUCUUAAAGCACAUGGACCUUGUGAUCCUGGUGAAGGCCCCUCAACUGAAGAUUUAGCUGUAAGUUUUGUUGAUGACUUUCCAUUAAACAGUGCCCCCUCUGACCCAGUCCUUCUUAAUAAGAGUCUUGUGGACAGCUGUGCUGUGACAGUGGCUGAACUUAAAGUGGCAGGUGUAGGCGAAACUAUCAUUAACUCUUUGGUUACUUCAAUGGAAGAGAUUGUUGAUGAUAUCCAUAAUCAAGCAAAAGAAUCUGUGAAGCAGUGUCUAUCUUUACAGGAACCUAUCAAAAGUGAGGUUGAGUGUAAAAUUGAUCAGUGCUUUGAAAAAAUUGAAAAUCCUUUUGGUGUCUUAAAUUCUGAAACUAGGAGAAGGCAGUAUUUCACAGAGAAGUGGGGAAGGGUGGAACCCGUUGAAUGUGUUCUUGGUACAAGAUUUGAUACACGGCGCAAUCGGACUACUGGAACUUAUGAUCCAGUUGUUGUCACUGAUAAAUUGGUUUAUAUCCCAGUUUUGAAAACGUUAGACUUCAUUUACAAACACCCUAAGAUAAAAGAGAUGAUGCAGAGUCAUUCCAGUUCAAGAAAAGAUCUUCUUAAUGACUUUUGUGAUGGAGAUCUUUUCAAGAGUCAUCCUUUAUUUUCAAAACAGAAGCAUGCAAUUCAGUUGCAACUUUUCUAUGAUGAUUUUGAAUGCGCAAAUCCGUUGGGGAGUAAAAAGGGAAUACAUAAAAUAGGAGCAAUCUAUUUCACCUUGCGCAAUCUUUCUCCAAAGCACAACUCAAUGCUGCUUAAUAUUCAUUUGGUCGCUUUAUUCCAUGCCCAAGACAUUAAAACAUAUGGCUUUUCUAAAAUACUUGAUCCAAUUGUGCAAGACAUUAAAGAGCUGGAGACUAAGGGAAUUCGGGUCCCACUGUAUGAAGAAAAUGUGUAUGGAACUAUUGUCCAAGUUACUGGUGACAACCUGGGUCUUCAUAGUUUGUUUGGUUUCGUAGAGUCAUUUAAUGCCAGAUAUUGUUGUCGCUUUUGUCUAGCUGAGAAAGAGGACUUUCAGACAGAAUACACAGAAGAUUCACCCAAGAUAGUGAUGCGAACUCAAGCACUUCACGCAGAACACUGCCAAAUGAUGGAGGAAACUCUUAGUCUUCCCUAUGUGAUGGGUGUUAAACGUUCUUGUGUUCUAAAUUCCUUGCAGUACUUCAAUACAUGUGAAAACUUCUCUGUCGAUAUUAUGCACGAUAUCUUGGAGGGCGUGGCACAAUAUGAAAUGAAGCUGCUUAUACUAUACUUGAUCAAAAACUACACAACAUCAAAGGAAAUAGACAGGAGAAUUAAGAACUUUAACUAUGGCUACAUGGAUCAAAACAACAAGCCACCUUCAUUGAAGUUGGUAGAGGGCUCAAAUGACUUGGGUUUAAAUGCGAUCCAAUCUUGGUGUUUACUUCGCAAUCUCCCACUUGUAUUUGGAGACUUGGUUUGUCGAGAUGAUCCACACUGGUAUUUGCUUCUGUUGUUGCUUCAAAUAGCAGAUAUUGUAUUUUCUCCCAUGUUAUCAACUGGCAUUACCAUUUAUUUGAAACAUUUGAUUUCAGAGCACCAUGGGUUAUUCAAGCAUUUGUUUCCCUGCAAGAGGCUCCUGCCAAAGCAUCAUUUUAUGGUGCAUUAUCCUACAUGUAUUCGUAAAAUUUGACCACUUUUGCAUACCUGGUGCAUGCGCUAUGAAGCAAAGCACAAUUUCUUUAAAAAACAACUAAAAAGCUUCAAAAAUAUAACUAAAACAUUGGCAAGGAAACACCAAAGUCAAGUAGCAUAUAGUUGGCAGACAUUUGAGCCCGACAGACUGGUGCUUGGUCCAAGUAAAAUGGUAGCUUUAAACAUGAUGGACAGGGGCUGUGAGAUAGCAGAGGCUCUUCAGGUAUCAAUUGACACUAAGGUGUUGGAUGUUAGAUGGGCCAAACACCAUGGAAAUAUGUAUCGUCCAGGUUUAGUUGUUUGUCUUAAAGUGCUUAAUGAGAUGCCAGUUUUUCACAAAAUCCACCGUGUUGUUCUUAAAGAUGAGAGGUUACUGUUGUGUACAUUUGCACUCCAAACACUGUGUAUGGAUGAGCAUUUUUAUGCAUUUAAAGUUGUGUGUACUGCAGAAGGACCUCAUGUUGUUGAUGUCAAAGAGCUUUUUUGUUACAAAGCAUUCGAUAUGCAGAUGUCGUACAGUAAUGAUGAUUCAAGUUUGUUUAUUGUCCCAUACUGUUUCCUGGGAUAAAAGAAUCGCUAAGCUCUAACUAUUGCACUGGAGGUGAACAAUGGAAUUCUGAAUUUCUUUGCCCAUAACUCAAAUUCAAAUUUAUUAAUAUUUUCUCCUGUUUUAUCUAAUCGACCCAAUUUCAAAGAGCACAUUGUGUCCAAAUUGUGAUGGCCCACCAAUUGGGCAUAUAUGUUUUGGCUGGGCUGAUGGCAAUUGCAAUAUUUUACAGCCUUAUCUGCAGCUACUGAUGGUGUUGUGAUAGUGUGCAUACCUGUUUACAAUAUUCUAUUUUUAUAAAAAAAUUAUACGGAUGUGUCACCCUGAAAGACUUUCCCCCCCCCCUCAUAUAUUAUGGGUGCUCAGUGCAUGUGAUAUGCAUUUAAGAAAAAUAAAAGUGCAUUGUUGAAUAUA